AUGUUGUUUCUGGAUAACUCACGUGCGAAGAAUUUCACUUCUGCCUAUAAAGACAUCGAGUUCCUCAAUUUCUUUUAUAAACAACUGCGGUUGAAUAAGACUGGUCGGUUCGAGGAUUUGUUUCCGUACGUCAGUCUUUGUGGUCUUGAACGAAAUUUUCUGCGUUGUGACGACAGGCCCAUAGUUUUUACAGAAAUUCAAGAUAAUGGUACCACGUUACGCAUUGGGCAAUCGUCCAGGACAUACCCAUUUGAGCCCACGUCUUUGUCAAUGUUGAAGAAUGGUCGUCUGUAUCACAAGGCUCCAUUUGGAGGAUAUGGCUUAGUUAUGUCGAAAACGGCUGAUAAACUCUUUCCACUCUUCACUUUUGACGAAUACGGGUAUCCGGUUGAUUUUUGUUGGCGUGGGAAAAAGCACAUUCUGACAAAUGAAAUACGUAGGAACGUAGGGCAAUAA